GUACCCACAUUUUUGUGUCGUCAUAUCGCCGGAAGCCUGACAUGCAUAACGUAACUUCACACAACUCUGUAUCGUAAAUGCAGCUUGGAACAUUUUUAACUUGCACUUGGUGCAUGAGGACAGAGCUAUUUGGAUGCAUUUGUCAGCAACAAGUUGCACUGGUGCAUGUCGUGUUCUGAUACAUGUAUGAGAUAACAGCAGGUGGGCACUCCCAGCCCUCUGUGUCAGUGUCACCUUGUUCGACGGGCACUGGAACACAGCGUUAAGCACAAUAGCCAACAACGACGGGCAAAGUGGGGCAACCCAGGCGAUUCGACGUAUCAAAUUCCUUUUCACUCCUUCGAACGAGUCACCUUGUCAGUAUUUGCCAUUACACAAAGAUGGGAGAGAGAGAAGUGAAUUACACGUUCACCCUUAUCUUCAGCGUAAUCAUUGCCGUGUUUGGCAACUCGUUCCUGUAUGGAUAUCAGAUAGGCGUAGUAAACACGCCAUCCCACAUAAUUAAAGAUUUUUACAAUGCCACCUAUUACGAGAGAAGGGGAGGUAACUGGAGCAACAUUCAAGCAUAUGCUUCGUAUCGAGACAGCCUCAACAAGUCAGUAACUGACACUGGCAAUGCAUCAACAACUCCAGGGCCAGCGGAAAAAACGCCAGCUGAUUUCGGGGCGGACGAGUCCCUGCUGCUUGAGAAAUGGGAGCUUGAACUCCUGUGGUCUUCGACUGUCGCCGCCUUUGUUUUGUUUGGAAUGGUUGGUGCGUUCCUGGCACUUAAAGUUGCUGACACCGUUGGAAGAAAGCGUGGCAUGGUCGUCAUCACCUUCAUCAUGUUCAUUGCUGCAAUUCUCGGUGGAAUAACAGUCAUCGCCAAGUCUCCUGAGUGUCUCAUUUUGUCUCGAGUCUUGGUUGGAUUGCAUUCUGGGUUAAAUAUAACUUUGGCACCCCUGUAUCUCGCGGAAAUAUCCCCGAAGAAAAUUCGUGGCGCUAUUGGCACUUGUCAUCAGUUGGCCAUCACUCUGGGCAUUCUGUCUUCUCAGAUCCUGGGAUUGACCGAAAUGUUAGGAACCGUUGAGUUGUGGCCGCUGUUGUUUGCCUUCAAUGCCAUCCCCUCCCUCGUCUGUGUGUUGGUAUUGCCCUUCUGCCCGGAGAGUCCAAGAUGGCUGCUCAUUGCCAAAAACAUGGAAGACGAUUCCAGGCAAGCCAUGCAGAAGCUGCGAGGCUAUGAUAAUGUAGAAGAUGAGAUCGAUGAGAUGAGGAUGGAAGCGAAGAAGUCUGGAAAUGCUAAGAACUUCACCCUGAAGGAACUCUUGACCACCCCCGACCUCAGGAUGCCAACACUGAUAGCCUGUGCAGGUCAGGUCAGCCAGCAGUGGUCAGGCAUCAACGCUGUGAUGUCAUACUCAGCCUUCAUCUUUGCACAAGCGAAUGUUUCGGCAGCAUAUAUCCCAUAUGUCAUUGUCGGCACAGGAUCUGUCAACGUUACUGUAGCCAUCAUCGUCAUACCUCUGAUGGAGAAACUAGGACGUCGUCCUCUGUUGCUGUCGUCGAUAUCUAUCAUGGCUGUAUCCUUUGUGCUCAUGACAAUCUUCCUACAGCUGCAGUUCGACUUUUCACUGAGGGACAGCCAUUCAACGUUUGCCAUCGUGUGCAUCGUCCUCAUGCUUCUCUACAUCGUGGGAUUCACACUUGGUCUUGGCCCCAUCCCAUUCACCAUUGUUACUGAGAUCUUCAGACAGGAAUCUCGUGCCGCCGCCAUGAGUCUCUCCGUUGCCUGCAACUGGAUCUGCAACUUCAUCCUCACGUGGACGUUUCCGUUCCUCAGGGAUGGACUCCAGGCCUACACCUAUCUGCUGUUUGUGGCCAUUCUGGUUGCUGCCCUCAUCUUCUUCUCCUUCUACGUUCCUGAAACGAAGAACAAGACAUUUGAUGAAAUUGCUUGCUCAAUCGCCCCAGGAAGAGGUGCUCGUGGGAAGAGCUUGGCAAUACAUGAAGAUCACAGUCUGAUGGGGACCACCAAAGUUUGAGAACGGGAGAGUAUAGAUGAUUAGAUCAACAGGAUGCAUUUGUGUGCUAGAUUGGUGGUUCAAGCAUUUACUCGUCAUACCAAAGAACCGGGUUCGAUUCUCGACAUGGUACAUUGUGGGAAGUCACUUCCGGUGUACGACAUUACUAGACUAUUGCUGAACUCAUACUCCCACUGGCAUAUUAAACAAGAAGGAGCUGAAUUAAACGGAUGUUGUUGUUUGGGGAGGGUGAAGAAACAGCUUACAGUUAUGCAAAGAAGAUGCAAGUUUCUAAAAAUGUGAGAUUAGUUUCAGGUCUCGAAGGUUUCUUCUUUGGUUACAAACAUUUUACUCUGAAACAGAUAGACUGUAUGUGUUUUACAAGUACCAUGUUUUUAAAUGAGAGAUUUUGACAGUAAUCAAACUUGUCUGAUAAAGUUUGUGGGUAUAAUACACAUUAUAUUGCCACCUAACGCUCACAAGGUUACGCAUGUCAUGUCAUGUCAUGUCAUGCAUCAAACAACCAAACUUCAAAAUAUACUGUCGUGCUGGAAAAUGGCAACGAAAUGCAGACAAUUGUAUUACAGGUACGGAUAGGUCGAACCGUCUGACGUGAAACGUCCGAAUACGUUCUUAGAUAUGCAUAUUCAAUGUAAAGGAAAUGAAAUCAUCACGAACAUAUUUACACAAUGAUAUAAUGCCAAGAUGCCAUUCCAAACUCAAUGUCACAAGGAGCAAGUUUUCCUCUGGUUUGAAGCUUUAUCUAAUCUUGUACUAUAUACUCUUAACAUUUUGUGAACACAAUCAUAUUUUUGUGCAAUAAAGUAUUUUAUGUAAUGAUUUUGAUUCUGUGCGACUAAGGUUUUCGUCCUCUUUAUAUU